CGAUCUGUGAUUUUGACAAGAAGCCCUCGGGCUUUCGCGUUUUGCUGUUUGAGUUGUUGGGCCUCCCGGCCGCUCAAGUAUAGUGGAGCAGACUAUGUGCUCCGAGCUUCGAUGGCCACCGUGGCCUAUCGGUUCUAUAGCCCCUCUAGUGGCUUUGUUUUUUGUUUUGUGUGGGUUUUUUGGUUUGUUUGUUUGCUUGUUUGUUUGUGUAUAUGUUGAUUUGCUUUGUUUGUUUGCUGUUUCUUGUUUUGUUAGGUGUAGAUCCGGCGGCCUUCUUUCUCCUUUGGUGGAUCUGUGGCAGCGCGCGCGAGAACUGCUAGAUCUGACACCCAUUGCGGCUCUCCUACUAGUUUCGAGGAUUGCCGCCACCUGAUGGGUUACCACCCCAGCAUCCUGGAGCCUGGCGCAAUUUCUUCAAGGGUAGAUAGAAGGGUGUCCCGUAUGGAUCGGUCGACCGAAGGCCGUGGUAUAUUUUGGGUCAUUCGUGGUUGUUCGAGUGCUGAGUGCA